AUGUCUCUCAAAGACAAAGUUAUCGUCAUCACAGGCGCAGCUUCCGGCAUGGGUCUCGAGACUGCACGCCUCUUUGCCAGCAAAGGCGCAAAAUUAUCACUUGCCGAUGUCCAAGAGAAACCACUGAAGGAUCUUGAAGUGGAGCUCCAGUCCUCUGGUGCUGAAGUCAUGGCGACGAUUGUCGAUGUCAGCAAUAGAAAGUCUGUAGAAGACUGGAUAUCAGCCACCGUCUCCAGAUUCGGCAAGUUGGAUGGCGCCGCGAACCUUGCGGGUGUAAUCGGACGACAGAACAACACGGCUGGUGUUGCCGAGCUCGACGACGAUGAUUGGGACUUCAUCUUCAAUGUCAACACCAAGGGCCUCAUGUUUUGUCUGCGAGCUCAAGCACCGGUUAUGAACGAAGGUGGUGCGAUUGUAAAUGCUGCCAGCAUCCUUGGACUCAUCGGGUCUGCGAAAGCUAUGCCUUACGUUGCGUCGAAGCAUGCUGUUGUUGGAAUGACUAGAAGUGCGGCUAAAGAGUUAGGUGCAAGGAACAUUCGUGUUAACUGCAUCUGCCCCGGGCCUAUCGACACACCCAUGUUUAGGAAGUCUUCUGAGAUCAGAGGGGCCAAGAUGGAUACUGACUUCCUCGCUUUGAAACGGACUGCAGAUCAGAAAGAAGUCCCGCCUCUUAUCGAGUUCCUGAUCUCGGACGCCAGUUCGUUUAUCACGGGGGUUGCGAUGCCUAUCGAUGGCGGCUGGUACUGCUAG